AUGGCAUUCCCAGUCUACGCAAUGAGCUGUUUCAAAUUGCCAAAAACAACCAUAUCGAAUCUCACCAGUGCUAUGGCUGACUUUUGGUGGCAUACGGUGGAACACAAGAGGAAGAUCCAUUGGAUGAGAUGGGAUAAGCUGUGCCUACCCCGUGAACUAGGUGGCCUGGGGUUCAAAAAUCUGCAAUGCUUCAAUCAAGCAUUACUGGCGAAGCAAUGUUGGAGAAUUCUGCAAUCUCCAAACUCCUUGCUUGCUAGACUGUUGAAAAGCAGAUAUUUUGACUCAAGUUCUUUCCUUGAAGCAAAGAUGGGCUCGCGACCGUCUUAUGGCUGGAGGAGCCUUAUGUUUGGAAGAGAUUUACUCAUGACAGGUCUGAGGAAAGAACUUGGGAAUGGUAAAUCCUUGAAUGUUUGGACAGAUCCAUGGUGUGAUUUUGGUGGAAGAAGGAACCCCUGGAUGAAGAAUCUGAUCAUUGAUCUAGAGCUAAAGGUUAGUGAUCUUAUCGAUCAAGAGACGGGUGCCUGGAAAAAAGCUUUGCUGGAGGAGAACUUCUUCCCAGCAGAUGUGGCAAUCAUCCUAAGGAAGACACCGGUGGUAGCAGUUGAUGACUUUUGGUGUUGGAAACAUACUAAAAGUGGUGCUUAUACGGUGCGAUCGGGUAACUGGUUAGCUGUGCAGGACCUGUUAUCAGAGGAGUUUCAGGAAGCCAGGAUGCAACCAUCCAUCAAUGGCCUUAAAGAAGCGGCUUGGAAUGCUCUCACUACCCCCAAGAUCAAAACGUUCAUGUGGAGAGCUAUAUCAAGCAUCCUACCGGUGGCAAAUGAACUUCAGCAUCGUGGCAUGAAGGUUGACCCGGUUUGCCAACACUGUGGAAUAUAUUUGGAAACCCCAAACCAUGUGCUGUUCACGUGUGAUGUGGCUCGACAAGUGUGGGCUUUGUCCAAUUUCCCAUCACCAAUGAAUGGCUUCCAUGCUGAUUCCAUCUUUGUGAACUUCCACUAUCUUUUCCAAAUGAGCAAGAAUAUAAGAAUUCCUAAGGAAAUCUGGAAGGGCUAUCCUUGGAUACUUUGGUUCCUCUGGAAGAAUCGAAACAAAUUCUUGUUUGAAGGUUCAGAAUUCAGAGCGGAAGAUAUCGUGGGUAAGGCCUAUGAUGAGGCUGCAGUAUGGGAGGAAGCGCAAAAGCUAGACCAAGAGGGAGAUAAACGAGAGACUCAACCUGCUAGACCUCAGGUUAAAUCGUGGAGUAAACCGGAGAGGUUUUGGUUGAAAUGCAAUUAUGGAUAUUCUUGGUCUCAACAGAGCAAAAGGCUUGGUGCGGCCUGGAUUGUGAGAAACUACAAGGGUGAUUCGCUGCUGCAUAGUAGAAGAACAUUUGUGAAUGUUAGUGAUCUGCAGGAAGUGCAGCGACUGGUUCUUUACUGGUCCCUUGAAUUGAUGGUUUCACAUGGCAUUGGCAAGGUUAUUUUUGCAGGGGAGGAUGCGACUUUACUGAAAGCAUUACAACGUCCAAGAGCUUGGCCUUCCUUCCUAUCAAUGUACCAUUCGGUUAAACCUCUGUUGGAUUCUUUUAGAGGUUGGAAGUGUGUGAUUGAAUCUCGUUCCUCAAAUAGAAGUGCCUUUGCAAUAGCAAAGAGUGCCCAUCAACCACAAUGGGGACAAUCGUAUGUCUCUGGGGGUGCGCCGGAUUGGUUGGGCAAUCUCUUGUUGGCUGAUAAAGGCUAA